GUGGAGGAGAUCAAGAAGCUUGCAGGGGACCGGUCAGGCUUCGGUCAGAACGGGGUCCACAUCGCGGGACAGAGGUGCCGUCUGAUCCGAGACCAGAUGGACCUGGAGCCCAUCUACGCUCUGGACCUGAAGACCGCCGCAGACGCUGACGGCAACACCUUUGGGAUCUGUGUGGGCAGAAGCAAAACAGCUGUAGUCAUAGUAAUGGGGACAAAAGACGCCACCGGAGGACAGCUGUCCAGCAAGGUGUUCAAUGUUAUCAGCCACCUCAGGAAGAGCAACAUGUGAGACAACAUGGCCGCCGCCCCCUUCUGACCCGUCGGACCACCCCCCUCUGGCCUUCAGUAGUUUUGUCCCCGCCCCCUCCAGGUGUGUUUUGGAUCAGUUACCUGUGACUGUGUGUGUGUGUGUGGCGGCUGCUGGGCCAUGUGAGCUGCCUGAACACGUGUGUUCCAUGUUCCUCAGCACGGACAGAAGCGUGUCCAGUCCCACACCUGAAUUAGGCAUAACAAAUAAAUAAAUAAACAAAUAAAUAAAUAAA